AUUCCAGACCCGCCCAUGACUAUUUUGGCAGGAUGUAUCUGGUUUUUUCAAUGCAGUCUAGAAGCAGGCCUAUCGUUUUUUACUCAGACUGCCUGGAGGGAGCUUAAUCUUUGUUUUCUUCCUACAGGCCAGACAAUUAAGUGGCGUUUCCGGAAGUCCAUUUUUAAAAAAAACGUUAAGAAACUGUGCUCUAAACAGUCUUUUCAUUCUUGUGCAUAAAGAGAAGCCUUUCCCUGGACCUCUACUAUUUUCCAGCCCUGAGGGAAAAGCAAAAAGCAUGAGUCAGUCGUCCCAGGCCCUGCCUUCCUCCGAGGUGACCAGCUUUUCCUUCUCUGCCCUUCUGUCACUAGGGUGUUAGGUUCUUGCAAGUUAUUUGGAUACUGAUCAAGAUUUCAAGCUGAAGAUGAUGGCAAUGAACAGCCUGCGGCUCCUUUCUCAAGCGUUUGCACACACAAUGCCGUGGAGAAGGAUCCAGAUCCCCAGGCCCAUGUCAAGGCGGCCCUGCAGCCUUUACACCUGCACUUACAAAACCCGGAACCCAGCCUUGCAUCCGCUCUGGGAGAGCGUGGACCUGGUUCCUAGGGGCGAUCGGCAGUCGCCGAUCAAUAUCCGGUGGAGGGACAGUGUUUACGAUCCUUGCCUAAAACCUCUCACCAUCUCUUAUGAUCCAACCACCUGCCUCCACAUCUGGAAUAACGGGUACUCUUUCCUUGUGGAAUUUGAAGAUUCUACAGACAAAUCAGUGAUCAGGGGAGGACCCCUGGAACACAACUACCGGUUGAAGCAGUUCCAUUUUCACUGGGGGGCCAUCAACACCUGGGGCUCUGAGCACACCGUGGACAGCAAGUGCUACCCAGCGGAGCUGCACUUGGUGCAUUGGAAUGCGGUCAAAUUUGAAAGCUUUGAGGAUGCGACACUGAUGGAAAAUGGCUUGGCUGUGAUAGGAGUCUUUUUAAAGCUAGGCAAACAUCAUAAAGAGCUGCAGAAAUUGGUGGACGUGUUGCCGUCAGUUAAGCAUAAGAACACCGUUGUGGAAUUUGGGUCUUUCGACCCUUCCUGCCUGAUGCCCACCUGCCCGGAUUACUGGACCUACUCGGGGUCUCUGACCACCCCGCCGCUCUCCGAAUCCGUCACCUGGAUCAUUAAGAAGCAAGCAAUAGAGGUUGAUGACGACCAGCUUGAGCAAUUUCGGACCCUGCUUUUCACGUCAGAGGGGGAGAAAGAGAAAAGAAUGGUCGACAACUUCCGCCCCCUUCAGCCUCUAAUGAAUCGCACUGUCCGCUCGUCGUUCCCUCACGAUUAUGUGCUGAAUAUACAGGUGUAGCCCAAGCAGCAACCCAGCCAUGCUGCCCACUGAGACGAUGACAUCUGGGCAGUAUUUUAUCUUAAUACAUAUUGCCUUUUAAAAAUUGUUAACUAGACUAUUCUAAACAGCUGCACUUUACUAAUAAUUGAUUAUAAUUAUAGAUGCACAUUUCUUGGUAUGGGAGCUUCCCAUCCGUCUGUGCGGAAAGCUCUUUGGUGAACAAAUUCUUACUUUUAUCAGUAAUGAUGUUUAUCACUGAAGUACCAGCAAGACACACAAGAUUCUCUUUUUAUAGCAGCCAGUUGCUGAUGGUGAUAUCUCUUUACGUCUGACUUUUCUGAGCCGCCGUUUUAUGUUUAUGAGUUGGUGGUUCUUUAGAGAUACAGGUAGGAAUGAUAAUCAACAUGUUUGGCAACUGGUAAAGCACAAGAAUUGACCACGCAGAAGACAGGCCCGUCAGAAACAGCCAGCAGCCCAGACUGGUGCGUCCUGGCUGAACAUUGGUGUUGGUCUGAGGUAUACUUUAUUUCAGAGCGUGAAUAUGUACUCUUGUAUAAAGGUUUCUCGAUGAGAAUGUUGGCUGUGAUCUUUCGUUGUCGUUGCUCGUACUUGAUAUGCUCAUUAUCAGUUUACAAUAUAGAAAAUGUAUUUUGUAAUCCAAAGGACUUUUACUUAUAUCAUAGAGUCGUUUUGCAUUCCUGAAGAUCAGAUAUUUUACUUAAAGGCUUGCUCAUAUAGAAAGCAUAUGCAGAAUGUUUGAAAGAAAGUGCUUAAAAUACCUAGAACUUAGAAUUUUUUCAUGGUACAUUUACAGAAAUGUUUUUCAAAAGAUUAAUAAUCAAAUAGUCUAUAGUUUAUGGCAUUAUUUCGCAUUAUUUGUACACGGCUUUAUAGAAUAUGAUAAUAUUUGCCACAAUGACAGAGCUGUCUUGACUGCCUUUUAAAGCUGUCUGAACUUUAUUUAGUCAUUAGUCAAGGUUUUUUCUUUGCAAGGCAGGUGAUCAACUUCAAUCUCCCAAUUUAUACAGUAGUUUAGAAGAUUUUUGUUACAGUAAUAGGGAGAGAAAUUUACCAGAUAGGCUAAAAUCUAGGUCAUUCCACAUAAUUCUGAAGAAUCCAUGCCACUGUCACCCUAGCUUGUAAAUUUCUUGGAAUAUUUCCAACUGCCUAGAAGCCUGUGUUCAUUCAGGCUCAAUGCUGCAUCAAUAACUAGUAGUAUUUUUUCAUUAAUAGGCUAGUCAUCAAGUCUACAAGGGCUGGAGUUGUAUGUGGAAGUGUUUGGGGGAUAUCUCCGCUCCAUAAAAAGGGGAUGAGGGCAUUUGCUUCUAGGGUACCUGCCCUUAUUGGGAAAGGGAAGCAGGUGUACCCGAGGAAAUGUAUAAGAAUCCUUGAAAAGAUGUUGUUAGCUGCCACUGAGUCAGCCCCCAACUCAUGGUGACCCCACGUACAAUGGAACCAAACACUGCCCAGUCACGAUCAGUUGCAGUUAGACCACUGUGAUCCAUAGGGUUUUCAUUGGCUGAUUUUCAGAAGUAGAUCACCAGGCCUAUCUUCCUACUUAAAAAGACAGAGUAAGUUUUAAAAAAAAAUUUUUAUGUUAAUUUUAUGCAAUUGAUCUGCUUCAAACUACAGUUAUCUUAAAAAGGGGAAACACACAAGAUUGGCAUUUUCCAGGGCACCCAGCCUUCCCACUGAGGCCUCUUAUAAAAUCCUAGUACAAAACUCUAUUGCAGUGGAUGUUCCAUGUUGGAGUGAGGACCGAUGUACAGAAUCCCUGACUUCCCCUUCUACCUCAGAGGUACAAAGGAUGCCAUGUUAGUAGGGUGACUGUGUGUCCUGGUUUGCCACUCCUGAUUUACUUAUGCAUGCUAUUCUGACGUAAUUAUUAACAGCACCUCUCUUUCACUCUCAACCAUGUCCUGGUUUACACGAUAAAUUCUGUGGUCACUUUCCCCACAGAGAUUAUGGAAACUGCCUUGGGGAUGUGGUUUCUUCAGUGCCUUAGUCAUAUGACCCCUCAAAGGGGCACUCUAAUUCCUGACUCCUGAUACACCCCUAGCAAGAAACCUUUUACAUUUUUUAUGCCCUCUCAAAAGUGUUUUACGUGCACCUUCCUAGACAGAGAGGAGAAAUGGGCUAAUGGUCUGUCAAAAGGCUGGAGAAAGAACUUUUGUAUUAAAAUUGCUGCUCACCUUCCCUGAAUAAUAUUAGAUCAAUAAAACUCUUUCUUUAUAAUAUUAACAUUUGUUGAAUGACUUUUCCUUCCUAUUCUUUGGAGUAUAUACCUGUUGCAGUGGAGUCAGUGAUGACUCAUGGGGACCCCAUGUGUUACAGAGUAGAACUGCUCCAUAGGGUUUUCUUGGCUGUAAUUUUUACAGAAGCAUAUCGCCAGGCCUUUCUUCUGUGGUACCACUGGGUGGGUUUGAACUGCCAACCUUUAGGUUAGUAAUAGAGCACAAACCCUUUGCACCACCCAGGGACCGUUUGGGGUAUAUAACAUGUCUGUAAAAUAAACUGAGACAUCUUUUAACAUGUAGAUCAGAAAGUAACUGGAAAACUCAGAUGGGAUUUACAGAUAGUCCCUGGUUUACGACAUAUUUGAGUUAUGACAAACUGCACUUACAACUGUCUGUUUUUGUUUGUUUGUUUUUACAUCUUAUCGUUAGUAAUAUGUACAACAUACAAUGUUGCAGCGUGUAAUUUG